AUGCUCUACUACUUUAUUGCUCGCUCCAGUGUUCCGAAAGCACUGACGAUAGAGGAAAUCGAAGAAGCAACGAACAAGGACAAAACCUUACGAGGAGUUCGGGCAGCUAUAAAGCUCAACAAGUGGCACUACGAGGUAGUCAAGCCUUAUAAACAAGUAAAAGACGAACUUACUGUGACAACAAAGGGCGUGGUUCUUCGUGGUUCUCGUAUAGUGAUACCAGAAUCGCUACAGCAACGUGCGAUUGACAUUGCGCACGAAACUCAUCUUGGCAUUACCAAAACGAAAUCACUAAUCCGAGAAAAGAUUUGGUUUCCGAAUAUUGAUAAAAUGGUACAAGCAACAAUCGAGAAGUGCAUUCCUUGUCAGGCAGUGGGUAAAGCACCACCACAAGAGCCAAUAUCAACGACAACAAUGCCAAAGGGACCAUGGGAAACGAUACAUUUGGAUUUCUACGGACCACUUCCUUCGGGAGAAUACCUUCUGGUCGCAAUUGAUCGCUAUUCCAGAUAUCCCGAAGUGGAAGUAGUACGCUCGACAAAAGCUUCUGUGGUCAUACCCAAAUUAGAUCAAAUGUUUGCCCGUCAUGGCAUCCCAACAACUAUCAAGACAGACAAUGGACCGCCUUUCAAUAGUGCAGAAUAUAAUCGUUAUUUGACAGCUCUUGGAAUUAAAGAUAUUCAUUCAACACCUAAAUGGCCCCAGGGCAAUGCAGAAGCGGAAAGGUUCAUGCAGCCCCUUGGAAAAACGCUACGAACCGCUCACAUUGAAAGAAGACCCUGGCAGCAAGAGCUACAUCGUUUCUUGUUACAGUACAGGACAACACCACACUCUUCCACGAAAGUUCCACCAGCGGAAUUACUAUUUAACCGUACAGUGAAAGGAAAGCUUCCAGAAUUGAAAAAGCGGAACACUGUUAACAAACACAAUAUUGCCAAAAAGAAUGAAAUGGAGAGACAGCGAUACAACAAAGAAUAUGCGAAUGAAAAAAGAAACGUAAAAGAGAGUGAAAUUAAGAUAGGAGACUAUGUCUUAGUUCGUCAGGACAAGCAGAACAAAUUGACUGCGAAUUACAACAACGUUCCAUACGUAGUCACACACAGAUCGCAUUCACAGGUUAAAGCAAGAAGCAAGAACGGACACGUUAUCACACAUAAUGUGUCGCAGUUUAAACGCAUACCAAAGCCAAGGGAUGAUACGGACAGUGAUGACGAUAAUGAGAAAGAACGUCAUCAAAAGAGGAACAAUACCAUCACACUACCAGCAGCAACAAAUGUUGGACAUCAAGAUCAGAUACCGACACGACGAUCGAGCCGAGUCAGAGGAAAACCUGAUAGAUUUGGACAUUCAGUAUAUGAUUGA